UCUUGAAUGUGACUAAAUGUGACCUGACAGUCCACCGCAUGAAUUCAGGUAUUUAUGUUGGUGGGAGAAAUGUGUGAAGGCCGUCAUGCUAAAAACUGCAACCACCUCGUCUUUGUACAGGAACAGGAAGCACUUCAUCAUAUUUGGUUUUCAUUCGGUCUCUGACAGACAGUCAGCAUCAGGACACCAUGGAGGUCACAUCUCUUCUCCUGUUGGUGAACAUGUUGCUGCUGAUUGCUCAGACCAGGUCCUCAGCUCAGACUGCUGAAGCUGCUUUUCUUCACAUUGACCCAAACAGACUGCAGUUCUUUGAAUAUGAAUCCAUACGAUUAAACUGUGAGGGGUUUGACAGCUCAGCUGAAUGGAAAGUGAUACAGGCGAGUUCAUCAAAGACUCCUCGAUGGGAGGAUUCAAAUAGAACCUUGAACAUUAAUACUGCCUUUGCAAAACACAGUGGAGAAUACUGGUGUGAAAACACAGACGGACAGAGAAGCAGCUCUCUCAACAUCACUGUUGUAAAUGAUGAUAAAGUGAUCCUGGACAGUCCGGCUCUCCCUGUGAUGGAGCGACAGACCAUCACUCUGCACUGUAGAAAGAAUGAACCACCCUACAACUUAACGGCUGAUUUCUAUAGAGACGGACAUUUCACAGAGACCAAAUAUAAAGGAGAGAUGAUUAUUACCAACGCCUCUAAGUCUGAUGAAGGACAGUACAAGUGCAUGAUCUCUGGAGCCGGAGAAUCAGCAGAGAGUCGGCUGGCUGUCAGAGCGCUGACAGCAUAUCACCCUUCCACACCUGAAGAAGACCCAACACCUGAAGAGGGUCCAGCAUCCUCUCCUCCUCCUCCUCCAGGGUCUCUUCAUCUCUCCACACUGUUACCCGUUAUCUCCACCAUCUUGUUUGUAGCAGUGCUGCUGUUGGUGCUGGGACUUCUUCACUGUCAGAAACACAGAGUUUCAGGUUUUUCUGACAACAUGCCACCAACAGCAUCAAAUGACCCAGUCUAUGAACAUGUUGCUGAAGCCAAAGCACAACGAGACAUUUACGCUAAAGUCAUAAAAAGCAAGAGAAGAAGAAGAGAUUGA